GAUAUAUUGAAUGAAAUCGUGGUUAUAUACUUAUUGAAGAUGAGAUAUUGUGUGCUGUCAUGCUUGAUAUUCCUGGCUGCGGUUGUAGUUCCAGGUUUGUAAAGUAAAACAUUAGGGAAAGUGCAUGGGGCAUGAUUUCAAGGUUUCUAAAAAUAGUAAAAAGCCUUCCUAAUAAUUGAAAAAGUGUCAUGUUCUGCAUUUAAAAUACAUUUUAGUCUUAAACGUCAUACAACGAAUAAAAAUGUCCAAAUAAAUGCCGAAAUUGUCUAACUUUACUGGCUACAAGUGAUCAAGUAUCGUUACAGCAAAGUGUUAAUGAAUAUUGCCGCUCAGAUAUUAUUAAAUGGCGGCGCCCCUGCCGCUUCACAUUGUUUCCGACGUCCCUGCUCCCCCGCAGGCAUAGACUUGCUCCAAGUCUCUCUUUCAUUGUGAUAUAGUAUCCAUCCACUGUAGUGUACAUUACAUGACGUAGUACGGAGGGGCGGAGCGAGAAAGAGAGACUUGUCAACUUCGGAAAAUCUCGGUUCAAAACUGAACCGAAAAUGCAAGACUUGCUUUAAUUGUUUUCUGUCAGUGUUUAUAUGUAUUGGUCUAGCGCAGUGUAAAUAACAUGAGUUCCAUAAAAGUAAAUAAUACAGAAAGAAAUUUGAGGAAAACAAUUAAAGCAAGUCUUGCAUUUUCGAUUCAGUUUUGAACCGAGAUUUUCCGAAGUUGACAAGUCUCUCUUUCUCGCUCCGCCUCUCCGUUCUUCGUCAUGUAAUGUACACUAUAGUGGAUCGAUAUGACAAUGAAAGAGAGACUUGGAGCAAGUCUACCGCAGGCAACUCCGUGCCUUCUGCAGGGUUGAAAGUUGAGUAUUUGACCGAGAUUUACCGCAAUUUAUACCGGGAUUUAACGAAGUUGCCAUUGAAGGAGGCUAGAGUGCGCAGGCAUUUUCUCAUACCCCAUGCAAAUUAGUAGAAUCGUAUACGACUAUAGAUAUAUUAAAAGAUUCAAUUCAAUUUCUUUCAUACAGUUGAAUCAAUCUGUGGAUGCGGUAUCCAAUUCAAAGCAGUAGGUUGUCGAAAAGACGAGCGUCAUGACCGAGCUUUACCUGAGAUGUUGAUUAAUGAGAGAGAUAGAUACAGUAAUUAUUACAAUAAUAUCGAUGUUGACUGGAAGAACUGGGAUGAAUAUUUACCUGCAUUCACAUGUCGCUGUGCUCAGGCUGCCAUGAAAAAAGGAUACAAAUAUUUUGGGCUUCAAUUUUGGGGUAGGUUAACAUUUUGUCAUUUUAGUUUAAACAACUUCUUAGUAUAUAUUUAUAAAGUUUGUUCGUUCACUACAACCAGGUAUAUCAAUCAUGUUUCGCUCGCUGAUCUGGUUUAAAUAGACCUAUUGUGUCCUUUUCUUUUUUCAGGCGAAUGCUGGAGUGGACCAUCUCCGGCAGCGAAUACUGAAUUUGAGAAACAUGGCUCUGGGGAAGCAUGCUAUGGACCUGGGUAUAAAAAAUGUAUCUAA